AGAGGCAAGAGGAAAAGGGGACGAGCAGAAGACAGCGAAGGCGCUGCCCUCAGUCGGUCGUCCGCUUUACUACAGUCAGCAUACACAGAGUAGAGCAAGCGAUUGCCUAUACGUAGUCUUUGCCUAAGCGCGCACUACACUCUGUGUGUUCCCGUUUUUCGAGUGAAGGCUUCGAGCUUCGUUCUGCCCGCUCUUUCGCUCGGUCGGUCGGUCGGUCGGUCGGUCGGUGUGAUUGUGAGUGUAUGUGCGCGCGCGCACUCACACGCGCUCAUCCAAAUAGAGACGGACAAAGAGGAUAGAGAGAGAAAGACAGAUACAGAGUGUUGAGGAGUCGUGCAGAGACAGGCGCGCGUACACAGCCAUCGAACGUGGUGAUUCGUACGGAGGCGGACGUGCGAUAGAGCUAAAAACCGAGGCCGUUUCUUGCGAAGAAAAAAGACACAACGUUGUCCUUUUUAUCUUCUGGUCAUCAACGUCACACUGUUGCCGUCGAUGAGAUCGUCAACGGGUUUUCGUCAUCAACGCUUCAGCGUAAACUUUUCCUGCUCGACACGAAGAUACACGAACAGUUACAUGGGAACAGUCCGUACAACAACCAGUUCUGACAAACGGGAGGAUCAAAGACGAUCGUGAGUAAAUAGAGCGAGAAAGAAGGGGGUGGUACGUACCCUUGCGGAACGCGCGUGUAUAGUAUCAUCCGCGCGACGGACGAUUGAAGUACGGGAGAACCGUCGUGUGUAUUCCGAGAGUUCCUCCGUAUAUCGGUGCAUACGUGCGUGUACGAGGACUACUGAGAGAGGUGGGGGCAGGUAGACUCUAUACUUCGCGGACAUCCGGCGGGGAAACCGCAUGUAUUCGUACGAAGCUCUCUGAGAGAGCGAGGGAAAAAAAGAGGAAGGAUCUGCUGGCGCCGAGGGAAACACACGGGUGUUCUCUCGGGUGCUCGACGAAGAGACUUCAGAGAGGAGAAAGGAGGUUCUUUGCGUUCCGAUUGCUCACGUAUCUUACACGUUCUCCUUUUUGUCCAGCUUAGACCGAGCCAGAUAUAUAUAUCAUCGCUUUUCAUAGACGUGGUAUAGAAUAUUAGAGAAUUCUGUUAUUUAUCGUAAUCCUCGUAUCGUUGAUCCUCGUGUGUGCGUGCCCGCACGCAACGGUUGAAAUUUUCGGUACAAAUAAUAAGGGUGGUGGAAAAGAGGUGGAAGGACGUGACGGCGAGAGAGAGAGAGGCGGAGCGAGGGAUCAAGGGGGAAAGAGAGAAGUGAGAAACACGCCGAGCAGUGCUGCUCCCUAUUGGCGACGUCGAGUCGCGCUCCCCACCCGGGACAGUCGAACGAGGUCCGAAGGCGAGUUCUCGGCGUGUAACUACGGUGAUUUUCCCUUACGAGAGUGUACGCACGAGACCUCGUAGCUCUGCAGCACAUCACGCGUUCCGCGUAAACAUCUCUCGACUUCACGAUAUAUAUCGGUGUUUUAGUAUUAAACUAGAAACGUCAAUCCUGGGAAAUACAGUGAAGAAAUAUCUUUCGGAGGAAAUCGAAAAACAGCUAGAAGGAGAAAGAGACAGACGGAGAGAGAGAGACACUGGUAGUGAAGUCCGCUUUACACGCGUGCUAUCGUCGAUAAUUCUCUCUUUCGGAACGCGAUCAACUCUGUGUGUGCGCCGAUCGUGAACGCGUCCCACGCGUGUGUCGCGUAUCACCGCCGCCGGUGAAACCAAGAGAAUUCGAACGAGUCAGAGGGUAAAAUAGGAUUUCUCGCGUGGUCGGUCCUCUCCCGUGGCACGCGCGGAGAGGGGUGCACGAAGAAGUGAGAGAGGGAGAAGGAAAGAAAGCGAGACACCGCUCGACGAGGAUAGAAAAGGAAGAAGAGAAAGAAGGAGGGACAGAAAGUGUUGAGGUGAGCGACGAAGACGUGUAUAGUGCACAGAGGCGCCGGUGCUGCGCCCCAACGGCCGUUCGUCGAAACUCAGUUAUCACAAUGGCUUCCGUGAAAGACACAGCAACUUUCUUCGCGGAGGGUACAGCGAGUCAGUUCGAACACGUCUUGAAGCUUUAUCCGCAGGCCCUCAGACUCAAGGCCGAUCGGAAGACAAAAAAGCCCGAAGAACUAAUCAAGUUGGACAACUGGUAUCAGAAUGAGCUUCCAAAGAAGAUCAAGUCACGCGGUAAGGACGCGCAUCUCAAUCACGAAGAGCUCGUGCAAACGAUGAAAUGGAAGCAAAUACGUGGGAAGUUCUAUCCUCAACUAUCAUAUUUAGUAAAAGUGAACACACCUCGUGCUGUGAUGGCGGAAACGAAGAAGGCGUUCAAAAAGCUUCCAAACCUUGAACAGGCGAUUACUGCCCUCUCGAAUUUGAAAGGAGUAGGCACCACGAUGGCGUCGGCCCUAUUGGCAGCAGCAUCACCAGAGAAUGCACCCUUUAUGGCGGACGAAUGUCUGAUGGCAAUACCGGAAAUCGAGGGCAUCGAUUAUACCACUAAGGAGUACCUCAACUUUGUUCAGCACAUUCAAAAUACCGUCGAGAGGCUGAACAAACAAACGUCGAACGGCAAAACCUGGAGUCCCCACAGGGUGGAACUCGCCCUGUGGACCCACUACGUGGCGUCCGAGUUGAAGCCAGAGCUGUUGGACGGCAUUCCAGGCUCCACAGAGAACGGGAACUCUCAUCCGCCCAGCAACGGCGAGGCGACAGAACCGUCGGACGACAGCAAUCAGGAAGUGGCAGUGAACGGUAAGGAACUAGGCAGUAUUGAUCCGGCGGCCAUCGACGAGAACAGCAUGACCACGUCCUUCACCGAAGACUCGAUGGAUAAACCCGCUACGCCGAUUACAGCGGCCGUCGCCAGCGAAGACACGAAUGAUUCACUCGCCACGAACGACAACGACGACAGCAACAACACGCCUCGACCGACAGACAGCGAGGACACCGAAGACUCGCAGGACGUACAGGAGCCGCCCACCAAGAAAAGUAAGAAGUGACCCACCGCCAGCCAGGGAGCCACGAAUACGAGCAACAACGUCAGCACCCUCGUGUCGGCCGCCAAUCUAACGCUGAUCGCAGCGAGGCGCUUCUAAAAACCGUCAGGGUCACCGAUCAGGGUCGCGGAUAGUAGACCUGUAGCCUACCAUCGCACCAUCACGAUCGUUUUGAUGAUUCUCCUUCGCUCCUGCUCUCUCUUUCUCUCUCUCUCUCUCUCUCUCUCUCUCUCUCUCAUUCCUCUUUAUCCAUUUUCUUCCUCUUUAACUCUCUAACUAUGUACCUUGCCCAUUUCUUUUUUUAUUUUUCUUUACCUUCUUUCCAUUCCUUUUUCCUCGCCGUGAAUUAUUUAUCCUAGAUUCAUUAAAUUCGUAAGGUUCCCCUUUUUAUCUCCUCGUUCCUUCUCUUCACUACAUCCAGUAUCUUUGGUCUUGUUUCGCCUUCUUUUUGCUAUUGUUUGUAGAAAUAUAUCACGAGACCUCGUUGUAAAAUAGUGUUACUGCAUAUAUGAUGGAAAGUGGAAGUUGUGUAUAAGCAUCUUGCUGGUCUUUAGAUAUCAAUCGCGCUAGAUCGGAGGCAGAAAGAAGAGGUAAAAAGCUCGAUAUUUCGAAGAUUUCCUUCUUCAUUAUCAUCGUUUUUCUUUAUAUUUUAGUGACUUCCUCUCUGUUCUUUUUCGCGUCCGUUUUAUCAUAUCGACCGAUUCUGAACAGGUUCUUUGGGAUGAUCGUACGAUUAGCGUUAUUCGCGGCAUUUCACGUAACUUUUAUACCAUGUGAUAAUAGUGAUAGCUACUUUCUUUCGACUCUACGCGAAGGAAACCUCGAGAUGACGGAGCUUUCUUCCUUCUUCUGCUGCGCGUCGUAGUUUUUAGGGACUCUGAAUAUUUCUCUUUUUUCUUUCUUUUUUCAUGGAGAUCGAAACGAAGUAAUUCCACGCGGUUACUGCCUUUUGAACAAAUACACGCUCCCCCUCCCCCCGUUUCCGCUUGUUGCGCGAUAGCAAAACGACGUAGCGUUUAAUUCAAGAGCCAAGACAUCAUUCCUUUUUACCAUGAUUUGUAUCGGCGUUUUUGAAGGCCACCGAAUUACAAAGGGCGAUACGAAACGGCGUUGACGCAUGUUUUUAUCUUCUCCUUUGUUCUUUUUGUCAAAAAAAUGAGAAAAUGUAAAAAAAAGGAAAAAAUCGAAAAAAAUACCGUGAAUGAGGUGUGCAUAGCGAAUGGAAAAUACAGAAGCGAAGGGAAAGAGAGAGUGGGAGAGAAAGGAUGAACGAGAACGUAUAAAACCGGGUGUGAGAGAGAUAUCGAGUAACUGAUUCCGUGACCAGCAAAAAAGAAAGAAACAAAAUAAUAAUAAUAAUAAUGAUAAAUGAGAAAAAUGGCGGUACUACACACACCGAUCACAAUGAUAAUAUUACUAUUAAUAAUAAUAAUUAUUAUUAUUAUAAUUAUAAUACCGAAUCAUUACCAUAAUUUAUAUAUCUAAACAAGAAAAAAAACUGCAUGUCAGAAUGAUGCAUGGAUCAAACCAAAUACCUUGUAAGUAAAAAGAUACUUUAGAAACAAAUAAAAAUAACGCUUUUUUGAGUCCACCAAGAAAAACAAAUACGAGAACGAGUGGGCGGUCGGACCUGCACAUACAUACACAUAACUACACACUGAUUCGCGCGCGCAAAACCGUACACGAAUACCUGUAUAGAAUGCGGCCAUGAUAGUAAGUUCGAAGACUAAUAGAAUGAAGGGACAAAGACACCACACGUAUACCACAUCAAGGUUUUCAUGUACAGGGAUUUAACUAGUAUUUUUGCAUUAUUAAGGAUUAUUAAUUGUCCGAGGGAAGACGGAGCCGCGAUGACGAAUGCGAACCGAGGAAGAAGGGGUGAAUGACGACGAUGACGGUUAUUGGACGGUUGACAGACGAACAAUAUAUAUCAAUAACAAACCUAAGACAGGAAAAAGAAACGAUUAGGCAAGAUAAUAAAAGUAUAAUGACGAACUUAGGAGGAACUGAGGAGAGAGUGAAAGUGUUUAAGAGCGAGUGCAAGAUUGUGAGAGUGAUAGCGAGAGAGGAACAGAAAAAUAAAGUAAACCACUAUAGCUUGAUCAAGAACGUUCAUUCAAAUUUUAUACAUAUAUAUAUAUAUAUAAUAUGCAUAUAUUGUAUAAUGUAUAUAUAUAUAUUGUAUAUAUAUUAUAUAAUAUAUAUUUGUAAUUUAGAACAGCGUGGUCAGGCUACUUUAGAUACUGACCCUAUUAUUAAACGAUACACACGCCAUUGUGGCAGCUAUGCACUUGUUUGGCUGCACUAGAAUAAAGAAAAAAAAAGGAGAAAUGGAGGAAGAGAAGCAACUGACGCAAGGGACACACCGACAGUGAGAAAUCCACCCCUUCGCGCGAACAGUUCGAAUUUCUGCUGUAUUAUCGAUGAUUAUUAUUAUUAUUAUUCCUGGUGAAUUUUUAUCUUAGUACGAAGCGCGUUAAGACGGGUGUUCCAUACGAAGCAAAUCGGUAUGACAAAUCGUUGCGGCAAAUCCGGCUUGAUGCGACGCGGAGUAAAAAAUGUCACUCUCGACGUGUCAGCAUCGUUAGUAGUGGCACGGGGACGAUUUUUACAUCGUGAGGCGAUCUUACGAACUAAUUCGUCGGCUGACAUGCAGUGAAUUUCUGCGAAUGAACGCGACGGUAAAUGAGAAACAAAGAGGGACAUGGAUGAAUAGGAAGCAAAGAAAGAAAGAAUGCAGCAAGUAUGAAUCUACUUUAACGAAGAGAGAAAAACCAUAGUGAUCCGUUCUAUUUAUUUAGCGCCUAAUUUAUUUCGUAUCGAUCGUUUCGUUGGCAAGGAAAGAAGAUAUAUAAAAAUAAUAUGAUGAUAUAUUUAUAUGUAUAUGAAUACAUAGACACGUAUGCGUGAGAGAAGCCCCCCCCCUCCCCCCGCUCCCCUCCUAAGUAUUUCGGAAUUAGAAGAAAAGGAAAAGCUGGGGGAAUACAGAAAAAAUGUAUGAACGUAUAUUUUUUUGUCCUUUUUUUCUCUUGCGAUAAUUAGAAAGUAACUCUUAAGUAGUGAUUAAAUUGACGGUGAUGACUAUAAGAUUGCUAUACAUAUUUGUGAAGUACGAAAUGGCGAUUGAUUAUAAUACUAUGAUGAUGAUGAUGCUGAUGAUGCUGUUGAUGCUGAUGAUGAUGAUGAUGAUGAUGAUGGUGAUGAUGACGAUGAAGAAGACAGUUAUGGUUAUGAUUAUAAUUACGAUCAUUAUUAUAUUAUUGCUGCUAUUAUUGCUAUUACGAAUGACUGCGAGCACAGUUUUUAUUAUCUUAUAAACGUAAACGGAUUAAUGUAGCGGAGUUGUUUGCUUUUUUUUUCUUUCUUUUUUUUUUCUAAACGCCUGAUAAAUUAUUAUUCUCGCACGUAAUUAUACGAGACAUUCCACACUGAUUUCUUCUUGUUCUGUGUUGUUUCUCUCUUUUUAUCAUCGCUAUUUUUUCUAUUUCUCUCAUUCUUUCUUCUUCUCUCUUCUCGUUUGUUCUCUUUUACGUCGGGAACGAAAGAACAUGGAAUAACCGAGAGAGAAUCGCGGAAGUAAAAACACUUAUGAACCGAUACACUGUGAAGAAACGAUGAUCUCGCGACAAAGUUCCGCGUCCCACGCAACACUACCAACGACAUCGUCAUUCCGUCAAAGCACUAUUUCUGCUUCUCACGUGUACCACGCGUGCUAUAAAAACUUUCUCUCUCUUUCUCUUUCUCUCUCUUUCUCUCUCUCUCUCUCUCUCUCUCUCUCUCUCACUUUCCUCCCGAUUUAUCGAUUUUAUAGACUCGAAUCUAGAAAGACCCACAAUAUCUUAUCUUUGUCUCUGCUUUAAUCCUUAACAGAGCGUAGAUCUUUUUAAAGAAGAUCGAUUUCUUCACGAUUGCGUGCGGUACCGCGAAUUUCGAUAGACGAAUGAACGAUGGAAGCUGGCCUGACCCAGGGAUAAGUCGCGUGAUCGAUGAGGGGACUCGCCGAGAAGGGUCAGAUCCUUCCAAGAGGGAAUUAAGUACAUCGUCCUCUUGUGUCGCUUUCCUCUUGGAUCUUCCUGGAGCCACGAGAAAAAUUAUUCACGAGUGAAACAAAGAAGAUAUUCGCUGAAAUUUAUCGUUCAUUUCUCGAGGGGCUGAAAAGGGACAGUAAGGAUUGAAGAUUUGCAGGAUCGUUUUCACGAGACCAAGGUUCAUGACUUGGAAUAACCCGAUCGAUUUUUAUGCUUUGUGAUUGUUGGAUGGAGUUAAAUCGAAUUUGGUAGUCAAUGGUAACUCAAAUCAUAUUUGUCAUGUGUUAUCGUGUUUGUAUUGAUAAUAUUGACUUUGGAAUAUUAUAACGAUUCAACGAUCCUUCGGUCUCCGCAAAUUAAGAUUCGUUUAUAUAGAAGAGCUGAGCUUGGAACGAUUACUAUACUACUUGAGAUACUAUCGUACUUAAAUGAUUGUCAUCGAUGGUUCAGCAAAUGCUUGCCAAACAUUCGUUAACAAUUUUUAAUGGCUUUUAUUUAGCUUGCUUUCCUGUCUAUUUGACUGUCUUGGUGGAAUUUUGUAAGCAACAUUUCAUCCACUUGCUGAAUUUUUAAAGAAAAAUAAAAAAGAAUAUACAUAAAUUUUAAAAAUUAAGAAAAUCAUUUUUAUUUAAAAAUGUACUAAAAAGAAGGAGAUAAUUUUCUGAACCAAGUACCGUUAAGUAAUUGAAUGUAAUAAUAGUAUACAGGGAAAUCUGUAUAUGUCGAGCACACGUGGUAAUCAUAUGAUAGGAUAUUACUCAAUUGUUGAACUCAUAUUACUAAAAAUAAGUACCUGGCGGACUCAUUAUGCAUUUACGAUACAUCCUCCAUUUGGCUAACACCUCUUUUGUUCUCUUGAAUGAAUUUUUUCGAUAAAGAAAUUCCUAAUGAAGACAAGGAAGGAAAUUCUCUAUCGAUUACAAGUUAUAAGUGAAAGAACAUUUUAAUUUAAUCAAUUUAAUUUCAAAUCAUGAAUCCAAGAUUUAUCUCAUCAAUUACAGAGUCUUUGAAAGUGUUAAAAUUGUGAAAACUUUGAAACUGAAUUAAUAUGAUCCUACCAUGUUUCUAUUUUUAGUAAUAUGAGUUCAACAAUUGAGCGAUACAGAUAAUAUAUACAGGUUUUCCCGUAUAGUAUUAUUAUAUUCAACGAUACCUGGUUAAGAAAAUUAUUUUUUUCUUUUUAGUGGAUUUUAAGAUAAAAAUCAUUUCCCUUUCAAUUUUUCAAAUUUAUGUAUCUUUUUUACGAUAAACUGCCUUUCAACUAAUUCCGUCUUCGUUCAAGGGUUCUCACUAUUUAAGGCGGGUAAAGUAUUUUUUAUUUCUAUAUUUUCGGACUCGUUAGUUUAGAAAGGGUUUUGGCUUACAAUUCCUUUCAUUUGUCCUUCAAUAUUUGUCGUAUUUGCUUUAAUAUCUCUCCUUAGUUAACUAAUCACUCAUGUACUUAAUCUAAUCUACUCUAUUUCUACUUUAUUAUUACUGAACUCUAUCUUUGGUUCUGUUUGUCUGGCGAGCGAAGUAUCGAUACUUAUUUUUACCACUGGCUCAAGUUUAUUUAAUAAGAUAUCAAGUGGAUAUCUUGGCAGUUCGAGGCAUUUGGAAAAUUUUGCAUUGUGAUUUUUAACAAUUGUUCUUAAAGAAGAGAGUCUUCUCUUUCCUUGUUACACUUCUAUAAUGCAAUUGCCACUGCACCUAAAUUUUUAACCAAAGAUGUAGAGGAUUAUAUCGACACUCGCACACUCAGGAUUUUCGCCGUAAAUGACUGAUGUAACGAAACACUUGUCUCAAGAUUCGACAGCGUGAUCCUUUCAAGCUCAACAGAUAUAUAAAUCAACGUUCGAUCGUUAAGCAAGAUCAUUCAAGGAAUUUGAAAAAGACCUUCCUUGCCAGUGCACCUCGAGCAAUGAAAAAGAAGACGAUACAGCGACACGUUGUACUGUUCUCAAUAAUUUAAACGCGACUUUUCGCAAAUCGAUUAACAUCUUUUGACGAGAACAAAACUAGCGGCGACGAAAACGAACCACGAUCUUUGCUGAUCGAUCGACGUCGAGGUUCGCGUAUCUCAGGUUUCACAAGAGGUUCAAAAUCCGGUGAUCAAUUCGAUCACCUUAACAAACUGCCAUUUAACGUUACUAAUUAAGCGAUCGUAAUAAAUCGACGGACACGCCAUGUGCUAUUAUUCUCUGUAUCGUGUCUAAAAUCGCGUAUAUUCAGACUUGCAGACGUUGUCUGUAGAUGUGUGUCUUCCCACAAGAUUACUGAAUGUCUGAUCUCACGUAUUUUUCGGAGUUCUGAACAAAAGACGUGGACACGCAAAGUAUUGUAAUAUACGACACACGACAUAACAAAUCGCGAAAAGUGUACACAUAUUGACUUCUAUAGGAAGAUCACAGGGGAAAAUUAUGAUAAGUCAUGUUUCUAUCUUUUUUUCUCCUUUUCUUUGCAAAGGAGUAAUUUUCACUUGCUUUAUCUUGCGUCUUUUCAGGCUAGAUUAUUUAUUUAAAAUAUAUAUUUACGAACAUCUCAAACGAGAAAAAUAAUGUAUACAUAUGUGACGAUUGUAUCUUUGUAUCUUUUGCAAUCAUACUUGAAUUAAAGAGAAACUAAACGUACACAUAUGUACCAGCAUUCCUCGAGAGGGUAACAUUCAAUACACGCCAAUCCCGAAACUGUCUUUUUAUUUAGCUUUCAAAAUUGAAUAGGAAUUUUCAUCAUUCUUUUGAAAUAUUCUUCCAUUGUCACGACAUCAGUUACUCUCUUAGGUCGUUGUAUACAAAAUGUCCUGUAUUUAUUACACAUUUUUACAAGUUCUAUAUAUUUUAUAGAAAUUUGUAUGCGGACACACGUCUGCAGACAAUGUCUGUAACUCUAUAAACGCCGUAACAUUCUUUUUCGCGAGUCAAAAAAUCGCCAACAGACGAAAAAGGAGAGAAAUAAGAAAAAAAGAAGAAAAUCACAUUUUGCCUUGCCUUCGACAAGCACCAGUUGAUCUUUAGCGAUCGUUCGUGAUGUCCAUUUACCAAUUUUUCUCGCGUCUCUUUUGAGAGAACAAGAAAUGAAAAAAAAAAAAGAAAAAACGAAGGCCGCGCGACACUUUUCGAAUUUCAACCCCUUCACUACCAUCGCUCCAAACUCCGGUGCCCGAUGAGUUUCGACUACAUUUGUAUAGUGCGCUUCUGCGACCGAUCACGAUUUUUGUUUCCUUUUAAAGUUAGAGUAACGUGUAAUUCUUGGAUUAAUUGUAAAGUAACGUGAUGUCAUUACGAAGUACGAGGUUAAAUAAAUUAUUUGAAAACGUU